CUCUGGUGUCUCCUGCUCUCCUCUCUGGAUUCUCCUCAGUCUGACAGACCAGGAUCUUUGUGGAUCUUAGUGGACCUGCUGCUGGACCAGGUCUACAGCUUCAUCACUGUCCACGGUGAAGAAUGAGCCUCAUUCAGGCACUCAGCUGUGACAAGCUUUCAUCAAACACACUGAGGGUGGAGUAAGAACCCAAGAUCUUAACAAUGGACGAGUCUACCAAGGUUCAAACGGACGGAAACUCCCUGCUGAAGGCGGUCUGUCUCAGUCGUCUGCGUCUCACCCGGCUGCUCCUGGAGGGAGGGGCCUACAUCAAUGAGAGCAAUGAACAUGGCGAGACCCCACUCAUGGUGGCCUGCAAGACACACCAUACAGACUCACAAAGUGUACCCAAGCACAAGAUAGUUCGGUAUCUUCUGGAAAAUGGUGCUGAUCCAAACAUCCAAGACAAGACAGGGAAAACCGCACUGAUGCACGCAUGCCUCGAACAAGCAGGAGCUGAAAUUCUGUCACUUCUACUGAGCAAUGGAGCUGAUCCAACACUGGAGGAUCAUGCAGGGUUGUCGGCAUUGGUUCAUGCGCUCAAUUCAGGAAACAGGGAGGUCCUCAGGGUCCUUCUGGAUGCCUGUAAAGGGAAGGGUAAGGAGGUUAUAAUCAUCACCACCAACAAAAUGCCAACUGGCCAUCAGGUGACAAAACAGUACCUCAAUGUACCUCCACCUCCUGACACUGAGGAGCGUCUGAAUUACAGCCCAGCAUCCUCUCACCAGCAUCCUAGUCCGAUAUGUGUUCCUGUUGUGGAUAAGAGGGUCAGUCUACAUUGGCUACAUUCAGAGCAGUGGACCAAAAAUCCACCCACGCUGCUCCAGCAGAGCCAGACCUCCUCUCUGACAGGGGAACCAGAGGAACUUACACCUGAGGAAGGGCGACCCUUCGGAAUCGGUAGUUCUGCCAUUCAUGGAAGACCUCCUGCUGUUUCCCGUCACCACAGCGUUGACAUCAAAGAUAUAGCAGGGCUUCUGAAAGCACUAGAGAGCAGGAGUGAAAACAAAGGAGGAGGUGGAAGAAGAGGCUUAGGAAGAAAGAUGUCAUAUGACAGUGCUGCAAGUUCACUGCACUCUGCUUCACAUCCAAACUUGCACCAAGACAGUCUCCCCUUCCCGUAUGAGUCUAGACAAGUGGAUGAAGAUUCCUCUGACUGUCCCACACAACUAAAUGUUUCAAGUCUGCAAAAUGUGGUCCGUCGACGGAACAUUGGCAUGAACCAUUACAGUUCUGACUCCCAGUUACCACAGUUUGGCUGCCGAGCCAAUAGCUCCAAGAGUAGUGGUGGAGUUGGAGUGGGAACAGAAAGGCACAAGCUGGUCAACAGCAAGUCCUGCGCUCUGUCAGGAUCCAGAGAGUCCUUGGAGAGCGCUGUCCAGAGAUGUGAAACAGCCAGGCUGGAGCAAAGAGGCUCAGGGGGUUAUCUUCUGGACCACAUUGCCCACACCCGCCCAAGAUACCUACCACCACUUAAUCCACAUGCUCCCAUACCGGAUAUUGGGGCCAGCUCUACCUCCAAACCUUUGACUGGAAGUAGCAAAACACUGAAUAGUGUUCUUACGGGGUCAAAGCCUUUUCUACCCUGUGCACCUGUUUUCCCAAAGAACGCACAGGCCAAUAGAAUGCUAUGGAGGCGCCACUCAAUGCAGAGUGAGCAGAUAAAACAGCUGGCAAACUUUGAAGAAACUCUUGGCCAUUAGAACAAAAUUUAGCAUUGAUCAAAUGAAGGUUUGCUUGUAAGCAUAAUACCAUUGCUGACCAUCAUGAAAACCUUGCAUUAUAACUACUUGAGAGAAUUACUCAAUGCUGUAUAAACUGAAUUUACACUACUGGCCACUUUAUUAGCUUAAAUGGCAGGAGUAGAACCUGCUGUGCUCCUUUGCUGCUGUAGUUAAUCAGCUUAUUUGAGUGACUGUGGCCUUUCUAUCAUUUCAAACCAGUCUGGCCGGUCUCCUAUGAACUCAAGGCAAACUGCUGAAUUUCUGGUUCCUGGAUGUUUUCAUAUUCUCUCUAAAUCCUCAAGAUGGCUAGCAAUUUCUGAAAUACUCAGACCAGCCCAUCUGACACCAACAGCCACUCCAUGGUCAAAUCAUUGUGAUGCUUGGUUGGAACUUUAACAGCUUGUCAUGACUAAAUGCAUUACGUUGCUGCUAUGUGAUUGAUUGGCUGAAUAGAUAUUUAAUUUAACAAGCAGUUGAGCAAUUGUACGGCUAGUGAAUGUAUAAUAUAUAUUAUCCAGCAUUGGUGAAUACAUUGUAUAAUAUAUGAUCUAGCGCAGGGGCAGGGGUCUCAAACUCAAACUCAAACUGACCUAGGAGCUAAUGAGCAUCCAGUCUGGUUAUGUGAUAUUAUGUGGGGAACUUAGCUAAAACAACAAUAUUCAAAAUUAUACUUCACAAAAGUAAAAGUGUUUGUUAUGAUAUGGAACAAUACAGCUGACACGAUGCAAAGUGAAAUAAAUAAUAAUUAUAAAAUAGUAUUAAUAACAAAAGUAAUAAAACUCUGAUAUAUAUGUAACCUAAUGUAUAUUAUUAUAAUUAAAAUAUUACUCACUGUUUAUGACAAUGUAAAUAUAAUAUUUAGUAUUAUAUUCUGUCUAUAAUCUAGCUACGGGGGAGGGGGUCAUGGGCCAGUUCCCAUUAUAACUUGAUAUAAAGUGGCGAGCCCGUGAGUUUAAGACCUCUGAUCAAUCACUUUUUUCCACCCAGCUCCUGCAACAUUUGUUGUAAUAUUGUUUAAAGAUAAAAUAAACAUAAAAUUAACAUCACAAAUCCUCUUUCUUUUGAGCAGUGACAACAAAGUAAGUUCCAGCGUUAUCGAAUAUUUAUGAGCCACUUUCAAAUGGGUCGUGGGAGUCGUCUUUCAGAUAAAUGCAAUAAUCACAGAAUGUAGAAUGUGGUAAAUUAAGGUUACCAAAGUAUAUUUGUAUCUGAGUCAGUCAACUAUUUAUCUUUGAAAAAAAAUCGUUACAGUUGCAGCUCUAACUUUUCCCUCAGCUAGCUACUCAGCUAUGUAGCGAGCUAAAUAUAGAGCUAGACACAAGUAGCUAGCUAGCUAGAAUAGCAAAACUAUUAAAACAUUAUUAUAGCUCUAUAACUGUAGAUAUCCUCAAUUGAGGAUACAAUUUAAUUAAGAUGAAGACAAUUGUGGGAUAUCGCUAAUGAUAAAAAAAAAACCUG